AUGGAUGACGAGAUCACUGGAGAAAAGACGCCAGUGUGCGUGGCAUCAACACAAGUAUCCAGUGCAAGGGAGUUAUCCCUAUGCCACACUUCAAGGCGCUCCUCGGCUGCCUCUUCACCGGCCCAAGCUCAAGUUGAAGCAACACCCCUUGACGGGCCAACCAGCCAAGAUACGAACAUCUGGUAUUUUAAGAGCGCAGAAUGGACUCCAGAUGGGACGACGUUGGUGACUGACUCGGCGGAUCAUUCCAUCAGAACAUGGAUCCUACCACCGGAUCUACUGGAGGACAAACCUAUGCACAAACUAUCCCCAUACUCAACUCUCCGCUCGGCGGAGCCAACUUAUGCCACCGCUAUAUAUCCCUUUUAUAACCUCCAGGAUCCAUCUACCACCCUCUUCCUCUCAUCCGUCCGUGAUCACCCGAUUAGGCUAUCGUCGGCUCUAGCUCCCGUAUCGGUGGCAAGCUAUUCUCUGGUGAAUCCAAUGACAGAAGCAUUCAUAACACCACAUUCGAUAAUCUACCCAUCUGCACUUGGCGGCACUCACUUCCUCACCGGCUCAGAUAGCCUUAUCUGUCUCUUCGAUGUGUCCCGGACGGGUCUUUCAGGCCCUGUAUCCUCGAUGCCAACUAUACCCAGCAAGCGCAAGCAGAUAGUUGGUGGUGGUGUCGGUAUGAAGGGUAUUGUCUCUGCUCUCGCUUUGAAUCCCAGCGGAGAUGGGAUUCUCGCCGCUGGCACUUUCACCAGACAUGUCGGGCUCUACAGCUCCAAUGGGUCCGGUGAGCUCCUUGGAACUUUCAGCAUAGCCAAGACCCCUGCCAAUCGUGAUAUUGGGGGCCGUGGUGUUACGCAGAUUGUUUGGAGCCCCUGUGGAAGGUAUCUGUACAUCGCUGAGCGGAAGAGUGACGGCGUCUUGGUCUAUGAUGUUCGUGUCACGGGGCAAUUGCUCGGACACUUGCGCGGACGCAAGGCAUCUACCAAUCAACGCAUGAAAAUCGAUGUUGUCCCGUCUGGCCCUGAUGGUGCCCAUGAGAUUUGGGCUGGCGGUACCGACGGGUUCAUGAGGGUUUGGGAGAGUCCGGAGCACUGUGUAGGGGGCAAGGACCCUGAUCGCGAGUUCAGGGUCCAUGACGAUGCCGUGACAAGUGCAGUCUUCCACCCAAUGGGAGGUGUAGUUGCAACUUGCUCUGGACAGCGACAUUUCGAUACGGAUCAGGAUUCCGAUGAAGAGCUCCAAGAUACCGACAUCAGACCACCUGAUAAUUCUCUCAAGGUCUGGUCAAUGCCGAAUAUCAUAUCAGAGACAGAGACAGAUAAUGACACAGAGCCCAUGAGUUGA